GCCUUGCACAAUAAAAUUAAAAAUGGUGGCCGUUACUUACGCUACGCGGCGAACACAACAUUCCUUGAAAAAUGGCUUCCCAAAGGGAUCCAACGGUUUUGCAAGCCACGGGAAAGAGUACAGCGGUGAGCUGCAAGAAGAACUUGAAGAGACACCUUUGUCUAUUGCUGUAAUGACCUACUUGUCCUAUUUCUUCUUGAUAAUCUUUGGCUACAUGCGUGACUUUAUGCGUAAGUACCGGUUAGAGCAGUCCAAGUCUGUUCAGGAAACAGGAAAUGAGGGAGCCAGAUUGUCUCGAGCUAAAAUUAAAGUAUUCAAACACAAUGACAUGAAAAGCCUGGAGGAUAUUCUUCGUGAAUCUGUUGUUCAGGGACCGCCACGCACUCACAGACCUUGGGGAAAAAUUCUCAUAAUUGUUGAAGGAAUUUACAGGCAAAUGUUAAGUGAGGUAAAAUGUAAGGUGGACCAAUGCAGACCCAAGGCAAUGCCAGCUAAUGCUGUCAUGUUUCAGGGUUUUGUGCCGCUUUACUCCGAUUUUAAGAGUUUCUACAAACGGAAUCUUUACAAUCGUGUGAGGGACUGUGUAAACAGACCCAUUUGUAGUGUUCCUGGCGGAGAGGUUGCACUCGUGGAUAGAGAGUCCGAUGACUGGAACCAGACUUUCAGAUACACAGGAACGACAACAAAUUCUGUCAAUCUUGGCUCUUACAAUUAUCUUGGGUUCGCGGAGAAUUCUGGGCCCUGCGCAGAUGCCGCUGAACAGGCAGUUCGUGAAUAUGGCAUUGCAGGCUGCAGCUCAAGACAUGAAUACGGGACACUGGAUAUUCAUAACGAGUUGGAAGCUCUUGUCGCCAGGUUUGUCGGUAAGCCUGCUGCUAUGGUGUUUGGAAUGGGAUUCGCCACCAACUCUGCUAACAUCCCCACCCUGGUGGGCAAGGGAGAUCUGAUUAUCAGUGAUGUGUUGAACCACACAUCGCUAAUCUUAGGAGCAAGACUGUCAGGAGCGAAGAUUAAGGUCUUCAAACAUAAUGACAUGUCAAGUUUGGAGAAAAUCUUGCACGAAUCGAUUUCUCAAGGGCAGCCAAUAACUCACCGAGCGUGGAAAAAGAUUCUAAUCAUCGUUGAAGGGGUCUAUAGUAUGGAGGGCUCUCUCGCAAAUCUCCCAGGGAUCGUAGCCCUUAAGAAGAAGUACAAAGCAUACUUGUACCUAGACGAGGCCCACAGCAUUGGAGCCAUGGGCCCAAACGGAAGGGGCGUAACAGAGUACUUUGGCGUGGACCCUGCAGAUGUCGAUAUCAUGAUGGGGACAUUUACAAAGAGUUUUGGUGCUGCUGGCGGUUACAUUGCUGCCUCACAGGAAAUAAUAGACCAUAUAAAAGGAAGUUCCCAUAGUGCAGCGUACGCCUCUUUCAUGUCGCCUCCAGUGGUCAUGCAAAUAAUAUCUUCGAUGAAAAUAAUUAUGGGCGAGGACGGUACAAGUAAAGGAAAACAGAGGCUUACCAGAUUGGCACAGAAUUGCAAGUACUUCCGACAAAAGCUGAAAAAGAUGGGCUUUAUAGUUUACGGCCAUGAUGCCUCAGCAGUGGUACCCAUUCUUCUUUACAUGCCGGCAAAAACUGUUGCCUUUUCACGUGAAAUGCUCAAAAGAGGCGUGGCUGUGGUCAUUGCAGGGUUUCCUGCCACUACACUGUUUCAAGCGAGAGCGAGGAUUUGUCUGUCUGCGUCACACACCAGGGAAAUGCUCGAUAAGGCUUUGAACGCAAUCGACGAGGUUGGGGAUAUCCUCAGGGUCAAGUAUUCAAGGCGAAAGAAAAACUGCCAAAUCGUGAAAACAGAAGAAAACAGCUCUUCAGCUUAAUUAUAGACAUUUUCAUUUUUCGCCAUAGAACUGCGAAAAAAUUUCGGCAUUGUAUGUCGAACAUGUUCCUCAAAUAGUUGUGGAUGAACUGGAUCACAGACGACUUUGAAUAAAUCACAGGAGGAGAAUAAACCAAAUAAUUUUCAAGCAAUUUUUGUUGGUCAAAAAAUUCCGUCGAUUAAAAUCCGUGUAUAGUUUGAAAAGAGAAGACGUCACGGCUCACAUUAGGACCCAGGACUUGAUAAUUGGCUGGGACUAAUUC